CUAUCAUAGUCAUUCCAAACUUGCGGUGAGAGUCGCCCUCCAUUUUUAUCUGUCACCCUUCACAAUUCCACAGAUCCAAGUUAAUUUCAGUGAGAGAGAAAAAAAAAAAAAAAACUUUGCAGUCCAAUGGAAUCCUCGGCGGAGCAGAAUCAAGAAAGCUUUUCAUAUGCCAUUCAGAUUGUCACCUCUAAUGCGCUGCCCAUGUCUAUGCAUGCAGCCAUUCAGCUUCAACUCUUUGAGAUUAUAGCCAAAGCUGGUCCAGAUGCCAAGCUCUCCCCAAAGGAGAUAGCAGCCCAGUUACGUACCAAGAAUCCAGACGCGCCGUCGAUGCUGGACCGCCUACUUAGAGUUUUAGCCAGCCAUAAUAUUGUUGGUUGCUCUGUAGCUGAUGAUGAACAGGGUAACAAUCCUCAGAGGCUCUAUAGUUUGACGCCUGUUUCCAAAUUCUUUGUUCCAAAUGAAGAUGGUGUAUCAUUAGGCCCCCUGAUGUCCUUGCUUCAGGACAAGGUCUUCCUUGAUAGUUGGUCCCAGCUGAAGGAUGCAAUUCUGGAAGGAGGAAUUCCAUUUGACAGAGUCCAUGGAACAAACGCAUUUGAAUACCCUGGCAAGGACCCAAGGUUCAAUCAAGUUUUCAAUACUGCAAUGAUCAAUCACACGACUAUAAUCGUGAAGAAGAUCCUGGAGACUUACAAGGGUUUUGAGCAGCUCAACCGAGUGGUUGAUGUUGGCGGUGGUCUAGGAGUCACUCUCAGCAUUAUCACUUCCAAGUACCCCUCUAUUAGGGGUAUUAAUUUUGACUUGCCUCAUGUUAUACAACAUGCCCCGGCCUAUCCUGGCGUUGAACAUGUAGGGGGAGAUAUGUUUAAAAGUGUUCCUAAAGGAGAUGCCAUUUUCAUGAAGUGGAUACUUCAUGAUUGGAGCGAUGAACAUUGUUUGAAGCUGUUGAAGAAUUGUUACAAUGCCAUACCAGAUGAUGGAAAAGUUAUAGUGGCCGAUGCUGUCCUCCCGAUUGUACCCGAGGCUAAUGCUUUUGUGAGAGGCACUUCGAUGAUGGAUGUGCUUAUGAUGACUCAGAAUCCAGGAGGGAAGGAACGGACCAAACCAGAAUUCGAAGCCUUGGCAACUAAAGCUGGAUUCGCUGGCAUCAGAUAUGAGUGUUCUGUUUGUAACUUCUGGGUCAUGGAGUUCUUCAAGUAGUUGGACUCUUACAUCAUAUAAGUGGUUUCAUAGUUUGUAUCGAGUAAGAAAUGUAUUGAUAGUUUGCAUUGAAUAAGCCUUGAAUUGAUA